AUGUCUGAUGCUGUCCCCGGUGACGACAGAGGACCUGUGGAAAACGUGUCUGGUCCCCGACAUGCAUUAGUCAAUGGGAAGAGUGACAGUUCCCUCAGCCUUCUGGACAGACUGUCCGUGACCAGGGGCGUCUGGGAGCUCCCCAAUUCUCACCCGCAGCAAGCCACAGAACUGCUCACAGCACAGCCUUCGGGGACAUUCAUCGUCACCAGAACUGUGGCUGGAGAUUCCAGGGUCCUCUUGAUUCAGACUCAGGAAGGUGGGGCAGAUGCUGUCCGCUGCUUCUCCAUUCUAGAAGAGAGCGCCGCCGUGUACCUGGAGGGUUCCCACCUGCGCUUCCGAGAUCUGCUGCAACUGGUCAGCUUUCACAUGGUGAGCAGGGAUAUCCUGCCGGAUCUGCUGAGGAUCCCAGAUGCCUUUCAACUCUCAAGCAAAUCUGAAUUAGAUGCCCUUGCUUCGUUAGGCACAAAAUUCUGGACAAUGCCCCUUAAACUUGGCACUGGGUUGACAUCAGCUGAAGAAGGUUCCCUGGGGUCGAAUGAAGAUCCCCAUGAAUCUGGACAGCCAGGGGGCCCCAUCCAGGUGAUCUCUGAGCAUGGGGCGCUGUGCAUCAUCAAUCCCCUUUUCCUCUCCGUGCACGGUGACGCUUGCUGGCUCAAUUCUGCUCCGAACCUUUGCCGUGCCGACAGCAGGAGAGGGACCCUGCGACUCCGGAACGGACGGGGCAGCAGUGGGGACUUUGACUCAGCCGAAGUGUCCUGCAAACAGGAAGCUCACAGGAGCGUGGAUCGUCCAGGAUCCCCGGAGGAGGACAGGGCAAUGGAGAAAGGUGGCUCCGUGUCCCACUCGGCCUCCGUGCGGCGGAAGCCCCUCCUGCGCAGCUUGGCCACGACUGACUCCACGAACAUCUCAGAAGAGCCGCUUGCGUCCCCUGACCUCCCACAGAAAGAGGGCAGGUCCCAGCACCGUGUUUCCUGGAUUGAAGCCGCUCCAGUGACUGCACCUCUUUGUUUGCCACCCAAGGAGUCUGGUUCUGAAUCUUCGCCGCUGAACGAGCCCCUGGUCUUGCCCCCCAUCCCCGAACUGGACUCCCUCUCUCUCAGCAGCAUAGAGGACGAGGGGGACGGUCUCCCGCUUAAGGCCUCGCAUAAGAAGAGACGUCCCUCCUCCGCCAUUUUGCCGUACAAAGUGCGUCACCGCCUCUCAGCUGUGGGGAACGCGCUCGGUGGGCUCCUCUCAGCCGAGCGCCGUGUCUCCAACCGUGUGCAGGAACUGGCCCAGGAGCCGAUGUCCUACCUGGGAGGUCUGGUGCAAAGCUUUGUGGGGCAUAUCCUGCGGGGCGCUGGGACACAGCACCCCACCAGCACCGACAUGCUGCAGGAGAUCCGGCAGAUGAUCAGCAACCUCAAGGGCUACCUGUGCGAGAGCUCGGAGCUGCGCACCUUCUGUGAGCACGGCGAAGCUGAGGAGAUGGACCUGGGCUCUGUGGUGGAAGCCACCCUAUACAAGUGCAUCCUUAAGCCCCUCCGGGAUUCAAUUUACGCCCAGCUGCUGGACUUCCACACCUGCGACGGGAGCUUGGCCCGGCUGCGUGAACACCGGGCAGCCAUGAACCAGCAGAGCCUCGCUGAGCUGGGAGUGACAGCCGGCGUGCCUGACGGGGCUGGCUUGGAGCGCAUCCAGACCAAGCUGAACCUCAUGCACCAGGCCUACUCGCCCAAGAAGAAGGAGACACAGAUGCUGAAGGUGUGCAAGCUGAUCUACGAAGCCAUGAACCAGGCGGCCGGCCAGACAGAGCCUUUCGGCGCCGAUGACUUCCUGCCGGUCUUGACUUACGUCCUGCUGAAAUGUGACAUUGUCUCGGCCCAGCUGGAUGUGGAGUACAUGAUGGAGCUGAUGGAUCCCAGCCAGCUGCAGGGAGAAGGUGGUUAUUACCUCACUACCUGGUUCGGGGUCCUCUAUCACAUCGCAAACUUCCAGCCGGCUGCCAUGGCGACGCGCCAGAUCAGCAUCGAGGCGCAGCGCUCAAUCCACCAAUGGCAUCGACGCCGCACGAUCCAUCACCAGCACGGUUACCAGGGUCAUUCACAGAACAUCCUCUACGUCUCCUUCCAUGAGCCCUUCAGCAACCAGAAGUCCAUCUCCACCCCCACUGACAUGACCACAGCGUCCGUUUGCGAGGUGUGUGCCCAGAAGUACGGUGUCCACGAUCCUGAAGCUUACGGCCUUUUCCUGGUGUUGGGGGAGUCCUCUCAGCUCCUGCCGGGCGACAGCUGUCCCCGGAGGCUCCACUCAGACAUCCUCCGAGCCCAGGGGCCCCCUGUGAGCUUCAUAUACAAGCCCAGAGGUGGGGCCCAGCCUGCCGCCAGUCUACCUUCUCUCCAGAACUCCAGGAGCUCUACUGAGGCCCAGGAGCUCUUCGAAAGUGUGAACACGGGGCAAUCUGUGGCAGACUGA